CCGGACAUGUAAGCAGAGCAGUGCCAGUGUCUGCUUGCGCCUCAUCGAUCAAUCGAUCGCCUUCUUCCUCCAUCUUAAGUGCACUGCCGGUAUCUAGAAUUCUAGAUCGAGCACUCAAGACAUCAACAAUAAAACCAUAUACACAUCGAUCAUACAGUAAACAAGGAGUGAACUAGUACCUUUCUAGCUAGCCGGUGAUCAUGGAGGUGAAGGUGCUGAGCUCCAAGAUCGUCAAGCCGCAGUACGCCGAGGGCACGGCGCGGCCGGACACCACGGAGCACGUGCCGUCCUCGGUGUUCGACAAGGUCACCUACCACAUCCAGAUGGCCAUCAUCUACGCCUUCCAAGCGCCAGCGCCCUCCACCGAGGACAUAGAGCGCGGCCUCGCCCAAGUGCUGGCCGUGUACCGCCUCUUCGCCGGCCAGGUCCGAGCUGGCCCGGACGGCGCGCCUGGGGUGCUGCUCAACGACCACGGCGCGCGGCUCGUCGAGGCGCGCGUGGACGGGGCCACACUGGUCGAGUUCGCGCCUCCGAAGCCGUCGCCUGUCGUGUUGCAGCUGCACACGGACCUGGAGGGCGACGUGGAGGAGGUGGUGCAGGUGCAGCUCACGCGGUUCGCGUGCGGCUCGCUGGCCGUCGGUUUCACGGCCAACCAUGCCGUUGCUGACGGCCACGCCACCAGCGAUUUCCUCGUCGCGUGGGGCCGCGCCGCGCGAGGGCUGGACAUCUCCGCCCCGUCGCCGCCGCCCCACAACCACCUUGACCUCUUCCGGCCGCGCGACCCGCCCGUCGUCGAUUUUGAGCACCGGGGCGUCGAAUACUACCGCCCGACGACCAGCAACCCCAAGCAGGUCGAGAGCGGGCACCACGGCGCCGACAACGUGAUCAUCCACAAGGCGCACUUCACCAAGGACUUCAUCGCCGGGCUUCGCGCCAAGGCGUCUGAGGGGCGCGGCAGGCCGUUUAGCCGGUUCGAGACCACGCUCGCGCACCUGUGGCGCACCAUGACGCGCGCGCGUGGGCUCAGCCCCGGCGAGACCUCCACCAUCCGCAUCUCCGUGGACGGGCGGCGCCGCCUUUCCGCCCCGCCGGGCUACUUCGGCAACCUGGUCCUGUGGGCGUUCCCGCGGUCCACGGUGGGGGACCUCCUGAGCCGGCCGCUGAAGCACGCAGCACAAACGAUCCACGACGCCGUGGCCCGCCUCGACGGCGCCUACUUCCAGUCGCUGGUGGACUUCGCCAGCUCCGGCGCCGUGGAGCGGGAGGGGCUGGAGAAGACGGCGGUGCUGAAGGACGUGCUGUGCCCGGACCUGGAGGUGGACAGCUGGCUGACGUUCCCGUUCUACGAGCUGGACUUCGGCGCCGGCAGCCCGAGCUACUUCAUGCCGUCCUACUUCCCCACGGAGGGGAUGCUGUUCUUGGUGCCAUCCUACCUCGGCGACGGCAGCGUGGACGCCUUCGUCCCCGUCUUCCAGCACAACCUCGACGCCUUCAAGCAGUGCUGCUACUCCAUGGACUAAGAUGGCUAGCGUGCGGCUACAUAUGAUUACUGAGUGAUUAAAUCAGCGAUUUGAGCUUAAUCAUAUCGCCUGAAAUUGGCGUACGUGCAUGCAUGCAUGCAACUAUUAUCUUUGAGAGUUAAUUGCACAGAAGUACCACAAUUGAUGCAUCACAUGCAGAUUGGUAUCACGAUUGCUAAUUUUUGCAUGUCA